GAUGCAACAGACGCAGUAAGAGAAAAUAUAUGGGAAAAUGGCCCUCGAUAAUGUACUUUUCGCGCAAUGCAUCCUCUAUUUUUUGGCGUUUGUGUUUGGCUUUAUUUCCGUAGUGCCUCUCUCUGAAAACACGGAGGAUUUUCAUGGAAAAUGCUUGCUUUUCACGCGUGGUAUGUGGCAGAAUGAGAACAUCACAGUUUCAAAGCAGCGCUUCAUCGUUGAGGAGUGGGGACCGGAGUCUUCCUGCAGUUUCAUCACUUUUGUCGGGAUAGCAUCUCUCGUCCUCUCCGCAGUGCAGGCAUGGAGACUGCUGUUCUUUCUUUGCAAAGGCCACGACGAUUCCCUGUUCAAUGCCUUCCUGAAUCUGGUGAUCAGCUCCCUGGUGGUGUUCACAGUGUUCCUCUCCAGCACCAUCGUCAGUGUGGGCUUCAACCUGUGGUGUGAUGCCAUCACAGAGGGAGGGAGCAUGUCCAGCAGCUGUGAGGACCUGCAGGACACUGAUCUGGAGUUAGGCCUUGACAACUCCUCGUUCUAUGACCAGUUUGCCAUUGCUCAGUUUGGUCUGUGGGCAGCGUGGCUGACGUGGAUGGGUAUCACGAUCAUGGCCUUCCUCAAGGUCUACCACAACUACCGCCAGGAGGACCUUCUGGACAGUCUGAUCCACGAGAAGGAGCUGCUGCUGGGACGCCCGUCCCGCCGGGGCUCUGAUGCCAACCAGAUGAAGAGUGGCAUGGUCUAACACCCAGAGGACACGUGCACAUCACUGAAACAUAUCGUCUUAUCCUACCCUUACUGCCAUCAUAGAUAGGCCAGCCCCUGACAACCUAUAUACCAUCAAUUGAAAUUCUAUUAACUGUGAUUAGAGUGCAUUGUUAUGUCUUGCUUACAUAUACUCCUCCUCAGAUAUAUGCAGUCUGAUUUACCAGUUGAAAACGCUGCUGUUGACAGCAAAGAGUAGGGCAAAGGCAUUCCGGCUGUAUUGUGGAGCUGAUUCAAUCCACUUGUCCACUUGCUAUAUUUAUAUUUGUUAAUGAGUUACUGCUGACAUGUCUUCCCCUUCAAGGCACUCACUGGAGUGUAAAUUGGCUCAGAGAAUCAAGGCCAUUUAAUGAGGAUAGAAAUGGAACAUAGAGACUUAUUUUAAAAAUGACUUCCUAUUUAGCUGCACUUAGAUGAUGACUCAACACAGGGUGGUUAAAGGAUGGUGAGAAUGUAUCUUUUUUAUUUUAUUUUUUACUGUGUGCAUGUAACAUUAGACGUGUGAGCAGGAUGUAGUUGUUGAUGUUGGGCAAUAUAUUUUUUGUAACAAUCCAAUACAUUCAGAUUGUGCAGGC